UAUAAAUCAGACCAUGGUUUCACACUCCUAACAGAUCUCACAAGCUAUCCGCUAUUCUAAUAUACCAGAACCAAAAGAUACCGCAAUCACGUUUUGGCCAGAAUGAUCUGUGUCCCUAAGAGGUUGAUUUUGAGAAGACACCUAAUAGGUGCACUCCUGACCUUCCUCUGCAUCAUUUGCCCUGCGUGUGGCACACCAACUCAGAGAGAACAGCACCAAAAACAAAAGGUUCCUGACCGACAAGGUACUCAAUUUAAACUUAAAGACACUACAAACAGAAAACCUGCAGCACAUUUAGAAGCCAAUCCCUACAUCAGAAACUCCCUAAACUGGAGCAGUGAUCUUGACAACUCCUUCAUUUGCUGUGGGCUGUUACUUAACAACAACACCUUGCAUAUCACCAAGAACGGCCUUUAUUUUGUGUACACUCAGGCCACUUUCAUGGGGGACACUUGUCUUGAUGGAAAGUCAAUUUUCUUGUCACAUAGUGUGGUGCUUCAAUCCAAGCAAUUUGGAGAAGAGAGUUCCCUGCUGAGUGCACAGAAGACGGCAUGCAGCGAGCAGCGCAGUUCAAGAUCCCAUUCAUCAAGUGUGACAUGGAGUAGAUCUAUCUUUUUGGGAGGGACUUUUGCACUUGAAAAUGGAGAUAUACUGUAUACUGUAACCCAGGGACAAAACCAUCUUGCGUUAGAGCAUGGAAUGGCUUACUUUGGCCUCUAUGCUGUGUGAGAUGAUGGCAUAUACUUUGUUUGCUUCUAACACAUAUUUGUACCAGGAAAGAUUUAUUGCAGACAGUGUAUAUUUAGAAAGAAUUGAUUAACUUGUUAGAUAAGUUUUUAGGAAUAUGCUUGUGCCGGGCCUCUGAGAGAGCUGGUUCUGAGCAUUUCAUUGCUACAACUGAAUAUGGCCACUGGCUAGUUCUCAGUAACAUUUAAUGGGUUCACGGCCGGAUUUGCCCUGAGGGCGCCCCGAGGCCGGCGUCCUCCGUCGCCCCCACCCUCUGUAAAGAUAGCGAGCAUGCGCAUCCUGUGUGGUUUCGGAGCACUAGACAUUCGGCGCUAGUGCUCCGCCAAGAAAACUGCUUGUGUGGCUGGGCAGCAUGCCGCCCCUUAAUUGAUGCCGCCCUAGGCCCGGGCCUAUACGACCUUGCCGCAAAUCCGGGCCUGAAUGGGUUACUGAGCAAAUGCAAGUUUGCCCAGUGGUAGGAAGUGUGUUCACUGAAGGUCUAGUUCUAUUUGAAUGUUAUCUAUUGAACAUUUGACUUUUCUGUGUUCUCCUUGAUGCUGAAUUUGUGGCUAUGAUGGUAUCAAAGGGAAUAUUCAUCAAUGGGUAAAAUAGAGUUUGCCACAAUUCCACAAUGGGUUUUUUUUUUUUAUGGGAUUUUAGGGAGAUUUUUAUGUUUUUAUAUUUUGGAAGUUCACUCUUGAAAAUAUAUGCUUCUCAAAUCCCAUAGAAAUUAAAAGAGAGCUGCCAAAUUUCAAAUCUGGAAACUGUGGUCAGCUCUAUUUUACUAAUUGAUGCAUGGCAAAUAAAUUCUACUAGGAUUUUUUUAAAUAUUGAAAUGUGUUUAAAGUGCUUCAAAUUAUGGAGAGACCAUAGGUGACAAGCAUUGCAGAUACUGGGUCUCAUACCCGACAUUUUUAUAUUUGAUAUAACACAACUAUUAUUUAUAUUUCGGCUGCUUCCAGUACAACAUGCUACUCUUUUAAAGGAAAACUAAACUCUAAAAAUGAAUAUGGCUAAAAAUGCUAUAUUUUAUAUACUGAACUUCUUG